AUUCAUAUUGUUUGCGAAACCCUAAUCCCGAAGAGCUCUCUUGAGGACGGUGGUGGCACUCGACCUGCCAACCCAAUCUCUCUUCUGAGCUCCGGAGCGCACCCAGAUGGAGAUCAAUCUCGGGAAACUUCCCUUUGAUCUCGACUUCCACCCUUCCUCUCCUCUCGUGGCGGCCGGUCUCAUCAACGGUGAUCUCCAUCUGUACCGUUAUGUCGCCGAUUCACAACCUCAAAGGUUGCUGGAAGUUCACGCUCACGAUGAGUCCUGUAGAGCCACACGUUUUGUCGAUUCAGGGCGUGUAAUCCUGACGGCUUCUCCUGAUUGCUCUAUUCUUGCCACGGAUGUCAGAACUGGAAAAGCCAUUGCUCGUUUGGAAGAAGCUCAUGGGGAUGCAAUUAAUCGCCUUGUCAACUUAACGGAGACAACAAUUGCAUCUGGUGAUGAUGAAGGUUACAUAAAGGUCUGGGAUACCCGACAACGUGUUUGUUGCAAUACAUUUCAUGCCCAUGAAGAUUAUAUCUCAGAUAUUACUUUUGUCCCUGACACUAUGCAACUUCUGGGAACAAGUGGUGAUGGCACUCUAUCAGUGUGCAGUCUUCAGAAAAAUAAGAUCCAAUCCCAAUCUGAAUUUUCAGAAGAUGAGUUGCUAUCCUUAGUCAUAAUGAAGAAUGGUCGAAAAGUUAUCUGUGGAACCCAGACAGGAACUUUGCUACUAUAUUCCUGGGGCCAUUUCAAGGAUUGCAGUGACCGUUUCCUUGGGCAUCCUAUGUCCAUUGAUACACUGUUGAAGCUUGAUGAAGACACUCUGAUUUCUGGAUCAGAAGAUGGAGUAAUCAGGUUGGUGGGCAUUCUGCCAAAUAGAAUAAUUCAACCACUUGCUGAACACUCAGAAUACCCGAUUGAGCGUCUUGCAUUCUCAAAUGAUAGAAAAUUUCUUGGCAGCAUUUCACAUGAUCAAAUGUUGAAGCUAUGGGACUUGCAAGAACUUUUGGAUAACCGUCAAGGAACACCAGAGGAUCAGAUGGUUGAAGCUGAUAGUGAUGAAGAAACGAUGGACAUGGAUGUAAAACCCCACAAAUCCUCUAAAGGUACAAGGAGAAAGAAAUUGGACAAGGGCAAAUCGUCAAAUACUUCUGCUGCAGAUUUUUUUGCAGACUUGUAGGCUUUGACAGGAUUUUCUGGCUCAAGGGGAACAUUUUGCAAUUGACAUCCAAGAGAUCGAGACGUUUUAGUGCAGCAGAGGUGAAAAUUACACAACAUCCAAAAGAACUGUUGUGGCAUUAUUAGCACAACAAAGAGUGGAACUUUUUGUUCAUUGGUUGCUUUACUCCAUUAUUUGUCUCUGGAGAGUGUAAUUGAUUUCAGAUUGCAGAACAUUUGUAUCUAAUGCAUGAAGCAACAGGGAAGUGUUUUGACAUGUAUUGAUCCUUUGUUUGUGUAUGACCAUCAACCCAGUUGCUAUUUUGAUUGAUCUA